GUGCAAAAAGUUGUCAAGAUUGCCAGAUUGGGUCGUACUUCGUUCAGAACAGUCAAGAACAAUCGAGAUUACUUAAAGAACAAACAAACCUCAAACUGGAUGUACUUGUCUAGAUUAGCAGCUGAAAAAGAAUACCAAUUCAUGACAGUUUUGCAUAACAAUGGGUUCUCGGUACCUACACCAUACGACCACCUGCGUCAUUGUAUAUUAAUGGAAUGGAUCGACGGAACUUUAAUGAAGCAUUAUCGUGACACUUCCACAUACAAGAAGUUAUAUUCCGAUUUGAUGAGUUUUAUCGUCAAAUUAGCCAAUCAUGGACUUAUACAUUGUGAUUUUAAUGAAUUCAACAUUAUCAUAAAGAAUGAAGGAAGUCCAAACUUUAUCGUCAUUGAUUUCCCGCAAUGUGUUUCGAUUGAACAUCCAGACGCUAAAGCUUAUUUUGAUAGAGAUGUACAAGGUAUUCGCGAUUUCUUUGAAAAGAAAUUCAAGUAUACUCCACAACAUGACCCAACUAUGUUUGAUACUGAAGGGUAUGGGGAAGGUUAUAAAUACGCCUAUCCUAACUUCAAACGUGAUGUUGUAAGAUGUGCUAGCUUGGAUGUGGAAGUUAUGGCUUCAGGGUAUGCGAAGAAAAAGACUGGUUCAAAAGAAGAUAAGGAUUUGGAAAAGGCAGAUGAUGACGAAGAAGAAGAAGAAGAAGAAGAAGAAGAGUAUGACGAUGAAGACGCUUUUGAAGAGGAAGAAUCAGACCUGGAAAACGAAAAGAUCAUAGCCGCCCUUUCUCUUGGUGAUAAACCAUUGAAGAUGGACAAAUUAGGUAAUUAUAUCCUUGAUGAAUAG